CCGCCGCCGCCGGGGAGCGGAGCCGCGGGCAGGCCGGGCCGCACAGCAGCCCCGCGUCCGCCCGCGCCCCGCCCUAGCCGUGCGCCAGCGCCCUGCGCCCCGCCAUGCGCGCCAAGUUGCGGGCCGGGGACCCGGGGCCGGCGCCCUAGGAGGCGGCGGCGGGAGGAUCGCGCCCCGGCUGGAGGCACGGCCUACUGCGCGCCCCCAGCCGGAUCCGCACCGCCACUUGCCUGAGCGCCUGGGCGAUCUGAGCGCGCCCCGACUCUGGGCGCAGCCACCGCCACCUCCGCGAGGCCCCUGGAGUCUCGGAGGACACGGCGUUGCUGGUGGCCGUCUCUGGUGCCUGUGACCGGGCUGCUCGCGAGCAGAUGACGAGGACUGGCCCUUAGUCCUCGGUGGCCGACGAGAGGGAGCUUGUCCGGACUGCCCGCGCCAUGUCGGGGUCCACGCAGCCCGUGGCACAGACGUGGAGGGCCACGGAGCCCCGCUACCCACCCCACGGCAUCUCCUACCCCGUGCAGAUCGCCCGAUCCCACACGGACGUCGGGCUGCUUGAGUACCAGCACCACCCCCGGGACUACGCCUCCCACCUGUCGCCCGGCUCCAUCAUCCAGCCCCAGAGGAGGCGGCCCUCCCUGCUGUCCGAGUUCCAGCCCGGGAACGAGAGGUCCCAGGAGCUGCACCUGAGGCCCGAGCCGCAUGCGUACCUGCCCGAGCUGGGCAAGGCGGAGAUGGAGCUCCUGGACAGCAAGCGCCCGCGCCUGGAGCUGCUGCCCGACCCCCUGCUGCGGCCCUCGCCCGUGCUGGCCGCCGGCCCGCCGGGGGGCUCCGAGGACCUGUCCAAGGACCGCAGCCUGACGGGCAAGCUGGAGCCCGUGUCCCCUCCCAGCCCCCCGCACGCCGACCCCGAGCUGGAGCUGGUGCCUCCGCGGCUGUCCAAGGAGGAGCUGAUCCAGAGCAUGGACCGCGUGGACCGCGAGAUCACCAUGGUGGAGCAGCAGAUCUCCAAGCUGAAGAAGAAGCAGCAACAGCUGGAGGAGGAGGCCGCCAAGCCGCCCGAGCCCGAGAAGCCCGUGUCGCCGCCGCCCAUCGAGUCCAAGCACCGCAGCCUGGUGCAGAUCAUCUACGACGAGAACCGGAAGAAGGCUGAAGCUGCACACCGGAUUCUGGAAGGCCUGGGGCCCCAGGUGGAGCUGCCACUGUACAACCAGCCCUCCGACACCAGGCAGUACCAUGAGAACAUCAAAAUAAACCAGGCGAUGCGGAAGAAGCUGAUCCUGUACUUCAAGAGGAGGAACCACGCGCGGAAACAAUGGGAGCAGAAGUUCUGCCAGCGCUAUGACCAGCUCAUGGAGGCCUGGGAGAAGAAGGUGGAGCGCAUCGAGAGCAACCCGCGGCGGCGGGCCCGGGAGAGCAAGGUGCGCGAGUACUACGAGAAGCAGUUCCCCGAGAUCCGCAAGCAGCGCGAGCUGCAGGAGCGCGUGCAGAGCAGGGUGGGCCAGCGGGGCGGCGGGCUCUCCAUGUCGGCCGCACGCAGCGAGCACGAGGUGUCCGAGAUCAUUGACGGCCUCUCGGAGCAGGAGAACCUGGAGAAGCAGAUGCGCCAGCUGGCCGUGAUCCCGCCGAUGCUGUACGACGCCGACCAGCAGCGCAUCAAGUUCAUCAACAUGAACGGGCUCAUGGACGACCCCAUGAAGGUGUACAAGGACCGGCAGGUCACGAACAUGUGGAGCGAGCAGGAGAAGGAAACCUUCCGCGAGAAGUUCAUGCAGCACCCCAAGAACUUCGGCCUGAUCGCAUCUUUCCUGGAGAGGAAGACGGUGGCGGAGUGUGUCCUCUACUACUACCUGACCAAGAAGAAUGAGAACUACAAGAGCCUGGUGAGGCGGAGCUACCGGCGGCGCGGGAAGGGCCAGCAGCAGCAGCAGCAGCAGCAGCAGCAGCAGAUGCCCCGGAGCAGCCAGGACGAGAAGGAGGAGAAGGAGAAGGAGGCCGAGAAGGAGGAGGAGAGGCCCGACGCGGAGAACGACAAGGAGGAGCUGAUCAAGGAGAAGACGGACGACACCUCCGGGGAGGACAACGAUGAGAAGGAGGCGGUGGCCUCCAAAGGCCGCAAAACCGCCAACAGCCAGGGGCGGCGCAAAGGCCGCAUCACCCGCUCGAUGGCCAACGAGGCCAACAGCGAGGAGGCCGUCACCCCGCAGCAGAGCGCGGAGCUGGCCUCCAUGGAGAUGAACGAGAGCUCCCGCUGGACCGAGGAGGAGAUGGAGACGGCCAAGAAAGGUCUCCUGGAGCACGGCCGGAACUGGUCGGCCAUCGCCCGGAUGGUGGGCUCCAAGACGGUGUCCCAGUGUAAGAACUUCUACUUCAACUACAAGAAGAGGCAGAACCUGGAUGAGAUCCUGCAGCAGCACAAGCUGAAGAUGGAGAAGGAGCGGAGCGCGCGCAGGAAGAAGAAGAAGGCCCCGGCCGCCGCCAGCGAGGAGGCCGCCUUCCCGCCCGUGGUGGAGGACGAGGAGAUGGAGGCGUCCGGCGCCAGCGGGAACGAGGAGGAGAUGGCGGAGGAGGCCGAAGCCUUACACGCCUCUGGGAUCGAGGUGCCCAGAGGGGAAUGCAGUGGCCCAGCCGCUGUCAACAACAGCUCCGACACCGAGAGCGUCCCCUCGCCCCGCACGGAGGCUGCCAAGGACACCGGGCAGAACGGGCCCAAGCCCCCGCCCGUCCCGGGCACCGACGCGCCGCCCCCUGAGCCGCCCACGCCGCCGCCGGAGGACGCCCCGGCCCCCACUGAGCCUGCCCCGGCGCCCGAAGCCGCUGGCCCGCCCACAUCCCCACUGGCACCCCCGGCCUCCACGGCACCCCUCCCGGUGGUCCUCAAGGAGGAGAAGGAGGAGGAGGCCAUUGCGGAGGCUCCGGCGGCGGUGGCGGAGGAGGGGGAGGAGCAGAAGCCCGCCGUGGCCCAGGAGCUGGCCGUGAGCAAGAAGGAGGAGCCGGACGAGGUGCCGCCUGCGGAGCCCAUCAAGGCCGAGUGCAAGGAGGAGGCCGCGGAGGACGGCGCGGACAAGGGAGCGGCGGAGGCCGGCGCCGAGCCCGUGCCGGAGGCGGCGCUCAAGGUGGAGAAGAAGGAGGCCGGAGGAGGCCCUGCGGGCAAAGCCCCCCCAGCCAAGGGCUCGGGCGCCCCCCAGGACAGCGACUCCAGCGCCACCUGCAGCGCCGACGAGGUGGACGAGCCGGAGGGGGGCGACAAGAACAGGCUGCUGUCGCCGCGUCCCAGCCUCCUGACCCCGACCAGCGACACCAGGACCAACGCCUCCCCCCAGAAGCCUCUGGACCUGAAGCAGCUGAAGCAGCGAGCGGCUGCCAUCCCCCCCAUUCAGGUCACCAAAGCCCACGAGCCCCCCCGGGAGGACGCGGCGCCCCCAGCCCCAGCAACGCCGCAGCACCUGCAGCCGGAGAGCGGCGCCCCCCCGCAGUCCGGCAGCAGCCCUCGCGGCAAAAGCAGGAGCCCCGCGCCUCCUGCUGAGAAGGAGGAGAAACCUGUGUUCUUCCCGGCCUUCUCGGCCGAGGGCCAGAAGCUGCCGGCGGAGCCCCCGUGCUGGACGUCCGGCCUGCCCUUCCCCGUGCCCCCUCGCGAGGUGAUCAAGGCCUCCCCGCACGCCCCGGACCCCUCGGCCUUCUCCUACGCCUCACCUGGUCACCCGCUGUCCCUGGGCCUCCACGACAGCGCCCGGCCCGUCCUGCCGCGCCCUCCCACCGUCUCCAACCCCCCGCCGCUCAUCUCCUCCACCAGGCACCCCGGCGUCCUCGACCGGCAGGUGGGUGCCUCCUCCCGGGGUCUGUCGGUGCAGCUCCAUGUCCCGUACUCAGAGCAUGCCAAGGUCCCCGUGGGCCCUGUCACCAUGGGGCUGCCCCUCGCCAUGGACCCCAAGAAGCUGGCACCCUUCAGCGGGGUGAAGCAGGAGCAGCUGUCCCCCCGGGGCCAGGCCGGGCCGCCGGAGAGCCUGGGGGUGCCCAUGGCCCAGGAGACGUCCGUGCUAAGAGGGACGUCCCUGGGCUCGGUCCCGGGCGGGAGCAUCAGCAAGGGCGUCCCCAGCGCACGGGCGCCUGCCGAGAGCCCCGUCAGCUACCGCGGCUCCAUCACCCACGGCACGCCGGCGGAGGUCCUCUACAAGGGCACCAUCACCAGGAUCGUCGGCGAGGACAGCCCGGGCCGCCUGGACCGCAGCCGGGAGGACGGCCUGCCCAAGGGCCACGUCAUCUACGAGGGCAAGAAAGGCCACAUCCUGUCCUACGAGGGUGGCCUCUCUGUGCCCCAGUGCUCCAAGGAGGACGGCAGGAGCAGCUCAGGGCCCCCCCACGAGACGGCCGCGCCCAAGCGCACCUACGACAUGAUGGAGGGCCGCGUCAGCCGGGCCAUCACGGCGGCCAGCAUCGAAGGUCUCAUGGGCCGCGCCAUCCCGCCUGAGCGACACAGCCCCCACCACCUCAAAGAGCAGCAGCACCACAUCCGUGGCUCCAUCACGCAAGGGAUCCCACGGUCCUACGUGGAGGCCCAGGAAGACUACCUGCGUCGGGAGGCCAAGCUGCUGAAGCUGGAGGGCACGCCGCCGCCGCCGCCCCCACCGCGGGACCUGGCGGAGGCCUACAAGGCCCGGCCCUUGGAGGCCCUGGGCCCCCUGAAGCUGAAGCCGGCCCACGAGGGCCUGGUGGCGACGGUGAAGGAAGCCGGCCGCUCCAUCCACGAGAUCCCGCGGGAGGAGCUGCGCCGCACGCCGGAGCUGCCCCUGGCCCCUCGGCCGCUCAAGGAGGGCUCCAUCACGCAGGGCACCCCGCUGAAGUACGACGGCGGCGCGCCCUCUGCCGGCUCCAAGAAGCACGACGUGCGCUCCAUCAUCGGCAGCCCCGGCCGCACCUUCCCGCCCCUGCACCCGCUGGACGUGAUGGCGGACCCGCGGGCGCUGGAGCGCGCCUGCUACGAGGAGAGCCUGAAGAGCCGGCCGGGGGCAGCCAGCGGCUCGGGGGGCUCCAUCACCCGGGGCGCCCCGGUCAUCGUGCCGGAGCUGGGCAAGCCGCGGCAGAGCCCCCUGACCUAUGAGGACCACGGGACGCCCUUCAGCAGCCACCUGCCCCGCGGCUCUCCCGUGACCACGCGGGAGCCCACCCCGCGCCUUCAGGAGGGCAGCCUCUCGUCCAGCAAGGCGUCCCAGGACCGCAAGCUGACGUCGACGCCCCGGGAGAUCGCCAAGUCCCCGCACAGUGCCGUGCCUGAGCACCACCCCCACCCCAUCUCGCCCUAUGAGCACCUCCUCCGAGGCGUGAGCGGCGUGGACCUGUACCGUGGCCACAUCCCUCUAGCCUUCGACCCCACCUCCAUCUCCCGCGGGAUCCCCCUGGAUGCAGCAGCUGCUGCCUAUUACCUGCCCCGGCACCUGGGCCCCAACCCCACCUACCCUCACCUGUACCCGCCGUACCUCAUCCGCGGCUACCCGGACACGGCGGCCCUGGAGAACCGCCAGACAAUCAUCAACGACUACAUCACCUCGCAGCAGAUGCACCACAACGCGGCCAGCGCCAUGGCCCAGCGCGCCGACAUGCUGCGGGGCCUGUCCCCCCGCGAGUCCUCGCUGGCGCUCAACUACGCCGCCGGCCCGCGAGGCAUCAUCGACCUGUCCCAAGUGCCACACCUGCCCGUGCUGGUGCCCCCGACGCCAGGCACGCCAGCCACCGCCAUGGACCGCCUGGCCUACCUCCCCGCCGCCCCCCAGCACUUCAGCAGCCGGCUCAGCAGCUCCCCGCUCUCCCCAGGAGGCCCCGCUCACCUGGCGAAGCCCGCGCCCACGUCCGCGCCCGAGCGGGAGCGGGACCGCGAGCGGGAGCGGGAGAAGCCCGUCCUCACGAGCACCGCGACGGUGGAGCACGCGCCCAUCUGGAGACCCGGCACGGAGCAGAGCGGCGGGGGCAGCGGCGGCGGCGGGGGGGGCAGCCGCCCCGCCUCCCACUCCCACUCGCUGCAGCACUCGCCCAUCUCGCCCCGGACCCAGGACGCCAUCCAGCAGAGGCCCAGCGUGCUGCACAACACGGGCGUGAAGGGCCUCAGCCCCGCGGAGCCCGGCACGCCCACGGUCCUGAGGUGGGCCAGGUCCACCUCCACCUCCUCGCCCGUCCGCCCAGCCGCCACAUUCCCACCUGCCACCCACUGCCCGCUGGGCAGCGCCCUGGACGGGGUCUACCCCACCCUCGUGGAGCCGGUCCUGCUGCCCAAGGACACCCAGAGGCCUGGCCGGCCGGAGCGGCCCCGGGGGGACGCCGGCCACUCCUUCCUCUCCAAGCCCCCUGCCCGCGCGGGGCUGGAGCCCGCCGCCUCCUCCCCGGGCAAGGGCUCCGAGCCCCGGGCCCUGGCGCCCCCCGUCUCCAGCCACUCGGCCAUCACCCGCGCCCCGGCGAAGAGCCUCGCCGCCCACCACGCCGGCCCGGACCUGCCGGCGCCGCCCGCCUCGGCCGCGGACCUGCACCGGGAAAAGACUCAAAGUAAACCCUUUCCCAUCCAGGAGCUGGAGCUCCGCUCUCUGGGUAAGACCAUCCUGACGGCCGCCACCUUCGUAGACGCGAUAAUCACGCGUCAAAUCGCCCCCGAUAGAGGGCCGCGAGAAGGAGGUCCGCUGGCCGCCGACUCCGCCCGCGAGGGUUACCAUGGCAGCAGCUACAGCCCCGACGGGGUGGAGCCCGUCAGCCCCGUGAGCUCGCCUAGCCUCGCCCACGACAAGGGGCUCCCCAAGCACCUCGAGGAGCUGGACAAGGGCCACCUGGAGGGGGACCUGCGGCACAAGCAGCCAGGCUCUGCAAAGCUCAUCGGGGAGGCCAUGCACCUCCCGCACCUCCGGCCGCUGCCCGAGAGCCAGCCCUCCUCCAGCCCGCUGCUCCAGGCCGCCCCAGGGGUCAAAGGUCACCAGCGGGUGGUCACCCUGGCUCAGCAUAUCAGUGAGGUCAUCACGCAGGACUACACGAGGCACCACCCGCAGCAGCUCGGUGCACCCCUCCCCGCCCCGCUGUACUCCUUCCCGGGGGCCAGCUGCCCCGUCCUGGACCUCCGCCGGCCCCCCAGCGACCUCUACCUCCCACCCCCGGACCACGGCGCCCCCGCCCGUGGCUCUCCCCACAGCGAAGGGGGCAAGAGGUCUCCGGAGCCGAGCAAGACGUCCUCCCUGGGCAGUGGUGAGGACGGCGUCGAGCCCGUGUCCCCGCCGGAGAGCGGGGUGGAGCCCGGGCACCCCCGCGGUGCCAUGUACCCGCUGCUAUACCGGGACGGGGAGCAGGCGGAGCCCAGGAUGGGCUCCAAGUCUCCGGGCAACACCAGCCAGCCGCCGGCCUUCUUCAGCAAGCUGACCGAGAGCAACUCGGCCAUGGUCAAGUCCAAGAAACAGGAGAUCAACAAGAAGCUGAACACACACAACCGCAACGAGCCCGAAUACAGUAUCGGCCAGCCCGGGACGGAAAUCUUCAACAUGCCCGCCAUCACCGGGACUGGCCCCAUGACCUGCCGAAGCCAGGCGGCGCCGGAGCACGCCAGCACCAACAUGGGGCUGGAGGCCAUUAUUAGAAAGGCGCUCAUGGGUAAAUAUGACCAGUGGGAGGAGCCCCCGCUCGGCGCCCCUGCUUUUAACGCUCUGAGUGCCAGUGCCGGCCUGCCCGCUGCUAUGCCCGUAACCGCUGCUGACGGACGGAGCGACCUCGCCCUCACCUCGCCAGGUGGCGGCGGGAAGGCCAAAGUUUCCAGCAGACCUGGCAGCCGGAAAGCCAAGUCCCCGGCCCCGGGCCUGGCGUCGGGGGACCGGCCCUCCUCCGUGUCCUCGGUGCACUCGGAAGGCGACUGCAGCCGCCGCACCCCGCUCACCAGCCGCGUGUGGGAGGACCGGCCCUCGUCUGCAGGUUCCACACCGUUCCCCUACAACCCCCUGAUCAUGCGGCUGCAGGCGGGCGUCAUGGCCUCCCCACCCCCGCCGGGCCUCCCCGCGGGCGGCGGGCCCCUCGCCGGCCCGCACCACGCCUGGGACGAGGAGCCCAAGCCGCUGCUGUGCGAGCAGUACGAGACACUGUCCGACAGCGAGUGACCCUCGUGGCGGGGCGGGGCGGGGCGGCCCCGGGCCCAGGAGCGUCCCGAGCAGCCGGGCGAGACGCAGGUGACUGCCGACCCCCCAGCCGAGGAAGGAGCCCCAGAGUCUGCCUGCGCAUCCGUCUGUCCAUCCGUCCGUCCAGAGCCGGCAUCCUUGCCUGUCUAAAGCCUUAACUAGGACUCCCGCCCCGGCUGGCCCUGCGCAGUGACCUUACUCAGGGGAUGUUUACCUGGUGCUCGGGAGGGGAGGGGCCGGGGAGGCGGCACGGCCCGCGUGUGGCGGCCACGCACUCGCAGCUGGGAUGGCCAGGGACCCAAAGCAGGACGACCACGCACCUCCCACGCCACUGCCUCCCCCCUUAACGCAUUUGGAACCAAAGUCGAAACUGAGCUAGCAGCCCCCGUACCCUUCCUCCGACCCCACUCCGCUUAGCGCUCUGGGCAGACGGACACAGUCCCUGUCCAGCUCCCCGCGCUCUGGCCCCGGCCCCCGCGGGCCGGCCCAGCCACCGAGACUGCUGGAAACCAAGUCAGGCCGGCCGGCCGGGCAGGCGAGAGGGCCAGGGGGCGGCCCAGGAGCGGCUGGAGGAACUGGACUGGCACAUGGUCGCCUCGGCGGUGGGGAGAAGGGCCGGUGUAGAUGGUGUAUUGGUUUACAGGGUAUAUUUUUGAUACCUUCAAUUAAUUAAUUCAGAUGUUUUACGCAAGGAAGGACUCACCCAGUAUUAUUGCUGCUGCGCUUUCGAUUGCUUACCGUGCACGGGAGCCGGCAGGCCCCCGGUUGGCGGCCCCGCCUGCGGGCCGAGGGCGGGGCCGCCGGCUCACCGCCCCGCUCGCCCGCCCCCCUUCCCUCCCUGGGGCAGGAUGCAUUUGAUGGGUGUUCUGUGACCGUCAUCUGUGCCCGGCGGUGGCGUUCUGUCAUUUACACACGUUCUCAUUAAAAAGCGAAUUAUACUCGG